AUGGUCCAAUAUAAGAUCCUGGGCCCCGGCAUUCAGCCGGCCAGCCAGACCCCAGCCCAAACCGAGCUGCGGGUCCAUGGCACGGAUGAGGUGAUGACGUUGCCGGUGGUGACCAGCACCAAAGUCCUGGAGCUCAAGGAGUUCCUGUCGGCCAAGCUUGGGAUUGAGCCCAGUGACCUCCAGUUCAUCACCCGCGCGGGCUGCUCUUGGAGGAAGCAGCUGGACCAUGAGGAGGUGCGCCGGAAGGUGUUGGUCUCCGGUAUUCGAAGUUUCAAGCCCCAGAAGGCACAGUACCAGGCGCCCUUCCUGAUCAUCGGCGCGGGGCACAUUGGGCUCCGGCACGGAAUUUACUUGCUCCAGCGCGGCUUCACGAACUUUGUGAUCGUGGAUCGCAGGAACAAGGUGGGCGGAACCUCCUGGAUCUCCCAGGCCAACAAGACAUCGAAGCUGCAGACGGAGCUUGGGACCUACCAUCUCCAGUUCGAUGAGAAUAAUCCGGUGCCCGUGGGCAUGAGCACCUGGCCCUCCCGCGAUGAGUUGCUGGAGCACUUUGCCAAGGUGUCUGAUGAGUACGGCCUCACUCCCUACAUCCGCCUUCAAACCAAUGUGAAGCGUGUGGACGUGGUGGGGAAGACAUCUGUGGAUGGGCCCCUGGGUGAUGUUCACACCGAAGCCGUGGACGAGAACUACUCUGGGGUAGAUACCCCGCUGCCUACUGGCCGGGAGAUCAAGACCUUCCCAGCGAGCUGCGCAUUCAUGUACCCUGGAAAUCUGUCUCUUCCUCGCAAGUACGAGUACAAGGGCGAGGACCUGUUCAACGGCUACAUGGAGUAUGCCAUGUUUGACACCGUCAACUACGAUGAGGUGGUGCGCGGAAAGGUGGUGAUGAUCGCCGGUCACGGGGCCUUUGGCGUGGAGAACAUACGCACUUGCUGCGAGUACUCCGCCAAGAAGAUCUAUAUGGUGUGCAGAAGGAGAAACCUGGCCUGCCCGAGAGUGUGCUCUUGGCUUGCGAACCAGUCAGACCCACCGAUCCCGGGCUCACUCUUUGUAGAUAGCCUCGUGCCCGCGUACCAGUUGGUCGACUCGGAUCCCUGGACACAUCAUUCCGUCACGGCCAACGCGAACCGCACCAGCGUCCACAUCAACCAGAAGUCUCGUUUCGGCAUCGGGGACGUAUACUUCUUGGCCAUCAGCAUGGGGAAGUGUGAGGUCAUCGUGGAUGACGUGAAGCGCUUGUCCGAAGACAAAGUGCACCUGGAGUCCGGAAGAGAGCUGCAGGUGCAGACGAUUCUGAAGGUCUUCGGCUUCACAGGGCUCUACGAGGUGGAUCGAUUGCUGAAGAUCAAAACCAUGACCGGCUGGUGGGCCGAGGGGGACAACCGCCGGUACGUUGCCAGCGAGAAUCCUGGCGUCUAUGCCGCAAACUUUGCGAGCACCAGCCUCUCGCCGGGUGCGUUGGGCUGGAGUCAGCAGGCAACGCACAUGAUGUGGUUCCCCAAGGACUGGAAUCGGCUGGUGGCCUCCGGGGCCUUGCCCAGCAACAAGGCGGACGACGAGAUCUCUCGGCCUGCCUACGUGUUGGAUGCCGUUACCGCCUUGUCCAUGCAGUUCAUGAUUCCCACGAUUUGCCCAGCGCUGGGUGAAGUUCAGAUGAACAACGCGGUCAUCAAGAGGUCCAAGCAGCUCGAAUGCCACCCUGUCGAGCGCUUCCUGGAGGAGUGUGCCAACGAGUGGGACUGGUACGGAAAGACUUGGAAGGAGGAGGAUCCGAGUUUGAAGGAUCCGCCGAGCUAUCCCUACACUCUGACCAUGGUCAAAGACUACCUUCGAAGUGCCGGGCAGUCUGCGAUAAAGUCAUGA